AUGCGAUGCGCGAGCAAGGCCGCCGAGAGCGCGUCUGCACGUCUCUGUGCGGACGCCGAAGCAGAAACAACAGCAACUGAUGUCCCAUCGGUUGCUGAAGCGACCCAGCCUGUGUCACUUGAUGAUGCAGGCGCUGGUCAUGAAGACACUCGUGUCUUCACAGAGUACGAGCUCGGUGUCUCAUACUCUCCUGAUACGGAUGACGGAUCCGUAUCGACGGCGAUUGAAUCUAAGCCGCCUGCCAAGCGUGGCAUGGACGAUGCUUUGCGUCGCAGCAUCUUUGGUUCAUCUGAUGAAUCAGAUGAACCAUCGCCGAAGCGAAGGCGCUCGAGGUCGCGAGACUCGGGCGCUAACAGUGGUGUCGGUUCUCCUAUGGACACCACUUCGCAACGAGGUGCCAGUCCUUCUGUCGGCACAUCGCAGGAAGAGCGGGACCGCAAUGUCUUGCGUCUCGCUCCUGAGAAGAAGGCAUGGAUGCCUCCCAAAUCUGAUCCACCACCUUGA